AAAGCCAAAGCCAAAGACAUUGUGGGGCUAACCGGCCAUUCAUCCUAUGCUCUAUGUGCCAUGCUUCUUCUCCUCCCUCUCCUCCCUUGCCCUUUUUUAUUCUGACACUUCCAAAGCUUUUGCUCCCAGCGGAGCCAUCAAGAAAAAGAAAUCACAAAAACCUCAGCUUUUCAUCUCUUUCGCCUCUAAACUCUCUCUCUCUGUCAAUACUGACAAACAAAGCCAGAUAUUUAGGACCCUCUCUCUCUCUCUCUCUCUCUCUCUCACAGCUUAAAUGCUUUCUCAGUCUUUCAUUGCUGUUUUUUUCAUGUUUUUUUACUUCUGAUCCAUCUCGUUUACACCGCCAUUUUUAAUUCACUUUCUUUGUCAAUACCCAAAAGAAAACUAGAAAAAAUAUACCAAAAAAGAAAAGAAAAAAAGGAUAGACCCAUCUCUAAACUAAAGGACAACAGCAACAACAAUUAUAAGGGACAUUACAUUUUUUUGCGAUUUUCAAUAUUUCAUGGCAGCUGCAGCCACCACAACUACUAGUACCACUACUCAUCUCAAGUCUCAAACAAACCCAACUAAACCCAAACGCCGCAGGUGCCGCCAGACCCAUCUAUCUUCCUCACCAGCACCUGCUCCCAACCCGACCCGCAAACUCGACCCGCCCACCAUUGUCUCCCCAGAGAGCUCCUGGUGCUGUUUUGCCUUAAAAGACUCGAAACCCGUCUCUGUCCAGCCACGCCCGCAACAACCCAUUAACCCGAAUCACAAAUCCGACCCGGUUCAGGCUUGCCCAUCUGGGCCAUCUCCUUCUUCUUCGCCAUCAUCGUUCCGGAUCCGAUUCGCGCCGGGCAGUCGCUCUCCGGUCAUGGACUUCAGCCCCGCGUUGACUAAUGGGCACUCGGGUCAAAACGACUCGUUUAAUUCCAGCUUCACCAGAUUUAAUAGCAUGCUCACGGCCGGGUUGUUGAACCCGAUGUCGCCGCCGCCGCAGCCCGAUAAGACGACCCGGUCCAGUCCGACCCUUUUCGAAAUGAUGGCCAACGAGCCCGAAAUGGCCCAACCCAAGCCCCAGAUCCACCAGAAUGGCGUCGGUUCCGGAAGCGGGCGCAAAACCCAUGUGGGUUUGGUCCAGGAUAAGCAGGCGUUGAUGAUGCAGAGGGUUUCUGAUCUCUUGCUGGGGUCUCGGAGCCCCGGGAACCAGUUCAACGACCCGUCGAGCAGUGACAUUAAACUCACGUUGAGCGCCAAAGACGGGUUCAGCGUGUCGAUGAAUGUGCACCGUCAGAUUCUCGUUGCGCACAGUCGGUUCUUUGCGGUGAAGCUCUCGGAUAGGUGGGUCAAGCAGCAGAGAACGACGUCGUCUUCGUCGCCGUACAAUGUGGAGAUUGCGGAUUGUGAUGACGUGGAGGUUUAUAUCGAGGCCUUGAGGUUGAUGUAUUGUAAGGAUCUGAGGAAGAGGUUGAUGAAGGAGGAUGUUCCAAAAGUGCUUGGCAUUUUGAAGGUUUCGGCUGCAAUUGGGUUCGAUGCGGGUGUUUUGUCUUGUUUGGAGUACUUAGAAGCUGCCCCAUGGGCUGAGGAUGAAGAGGAGAAGGUGGCAUCACUGAUGUUUGAGCUCCGCCUUGAAGGCGUUGGAGCUGGGGAAGUACUGAAGAGGGUCUCUGUGGAAGUUGCUAAUGGAACUGAAGAGGGUAAUGACAAUGAAGAAGUUCUUUUAAAGCUUCUGCAUGUGGUUCUUGAAGGAAAAGAUGAGAAGGCAAGGCGUGAGAUGAAAGGAUUGGUGUCAAAGAUGCUUCGUGAGAAUUCAUCUCAUAAUGAUCUCCGAAAAGAGUCCUUGUACUCAGCUUGUGAUGGGUGUUUGGAAUUGCUUCGCCACCAUUUUUCUCGGGCAGCAGAGUCAGACUUGCAAGAUGUGGGGCAGAUUGCAAGGCAAGCCGAUAAUUUGCAUUGGAUUUUGGAUAUUUUGAUUGACAGACAGAUUGCUGAGGAUUUCUUAAAAACAUGGGCAUCUCAAAUUGAAUUAUCUGAGGCACAUUCCAAAGUGGCUGCAGUUUAUAGGUACGAAGUUAGCAGAGUUACUGCUCGUCUCUUUGUUGGGCUUGGGAAGGGGCAGCUAUUGGUUUCCAAGGAUGUGAGGUUCUUGCUUUUACAAACUUGGUUGGUGCCAUUUUAUGAUGAUUUUGCAUGGAUGAGGAGGGCGUCAAAAGGCCUGGAUAGGCACUCAAUUGAGGAUGGUCUAAGCAACACAAUUCUUACCUUGCCUUUAGCAUGGCAACAGGAAAUUUUGCUGGCUUGGUUUAAUAGGUUCUUGAAUUCUGGUGAAGAUUGCCCAAAUAUACAAAGAGGAUUCGAAGUUUGGUGGAGGCGAGCCUUUUGGAGGCGGAAUGGUGAGCAGGAAAGGUCACCGUCAUUACGAAUUACAACUGCAACCAUUGAGAACUCAUAGAAGUUAAUAGUUCCACAGUGCAGGGAAAAUGGUGCCCUUGGGUUUGGGUCGCUAUACUCACCUUUCUUCUUAAUUGGUUAUCUUUUGAUCUUCUUACUUUGAAAACCAUGCCUGGAACCCCCUUAUGAAGUAUUUGGCUUUCAGAUUGGUGCAUGAUGUUAUGGUUUGACCGAAUGUACCUAGGUUUAGUUGGGAAGACGAUAAGACAUAUUGGUGCAUAUCAGGGCAAUGUUCAUAUUUUUUUGGGAUAAAAUUCAGAAAUUGCUUGUUUAGUUCGAUUUGUUACUUA